AUGAUUUUUACAAUCCGUCAGUUACAGGAGAAGUGUCCAGAGCAGAGGACCCCUUUGUUUGUUGCGUUCGUCGAUCUCAACAAGGCUUUCGAUACCGUCAGCAGGGAAGGACUCUGUACAAUACUCGAGAGCAUUGGUUGUCCUCCACUCUUACUGAGCCUCGUUCAAUGUUUUCACGAAGACAUGAAGGGUACGACGGAGGCGUUUGACGUGCGCAGGGGUGUCCGACAGGACUGCGUACUGGCGCCUACCUUGUUUGGUAUAUUUUUCGCAGUGCUCCAAAAAAUACCAUCCACCUGCAUACGCGGGCCGAUGGGAGGCUAUUCAACAUAA